GUCAUCACUGCGUCUGACGUAGUGAGAUAACAGGAAGUGACACGGGCGGCUACGGAGCUAGCUCGAGGCUAGUGAGCAGAAAUGAAUCUGCACGUAAUAAAUAGUUCUGUGUGUUUUCACAGGCCGGAACAAGAGUGACGUUUUAUCCACGUACUGGUGCAGCGCACAGCCACACAAGGAAUCUGCCAUGGGCCAACGGAGGAGAGCGGCAGCUUUGAGCAAUCCUUCAUCUCAGGGAGAAUCUGGAGCUCCUGCAGAGUCUGUCAGGGUCUUCAACAGGAAGCACAACAUUUGCAUGGUGUCCGACUUCUUCUAUCCAAAUAUGGGAGGAGUAGAAAGUCACAUUUACCAGCUUUCCCAAUGUCUGGUUGAAAAGGGACACAAGGUGGUAAUCGUCACCCAUGCCUAUGGAAAGAGGAAGGGUCUUAGGUACCUGACCAAUGGACUGAAAGUCUACUACCUCCCCCUGCAGGUGAUGUACAACCAGUCCACAGCCACUACCUUACUCCACAGUCUCCCACUGCUGCGUUGUGUGUUCUUCAGAGAACGCAUCACUAUGGUGCAUGCACACAGUUCGUUCUCCGCUCUGGCCCAUGAUGCACUGUUCCACGCCAAGACCAUGGGCCUGAACACGGUUUUCACUGACCACUCACUCUUUGGCUUCGCUGACAUCAGCUCUGUGCUGACCAACAAGCUCCUGACUGUGUCCCUGUGUGAUACCAACCACAUUGUGUGUGUGUCGUACACCAGUAAAGAGAACACGGUGCUCCGAGCAGUGCUCAACCCAGAGAUAGUAUCUGUUAUUCCCAACGCGGUUGACCCUAUGGAUUUUACCCCGGAUCCCUCCCAGCGCCCAGACGACAGAAUCACCAUUGUGGUCAUCAGCCGUCUUGUCUACCGCAAGGGAAUCGAUCUUCUUGGUGGAAUAAUCCCAGAGCUCUGCCUCAAACAUCCAGAUCUGCACUUUCUAGUUGGUGGAGAGGGGCCGAAGAGAAUUGUGUUGGAGGAAGUGAGAGAGAAGUACCAGCUGCAUGACAGGGUGCGUCUUCUUGGGGCUUUGGAGCACAAAGAUGUCUGUGGCGUUUUGGUGCAGGGUCACAUCUUCCUCAACACAUCACUGACCGAAGCGUUCUGCAUGGCCAUUGUGGAGGGAGCCAGCUGUGGACUUCAGGUGGUCAGCACCCGUGUCGGCGGCAUUCCCGAAGUGUUACCUGAAGAUCUGAUCACCCUGUGUGAGCCCACUGUUGGCUCGUUGUGUGCUGGUCUAGAAACGGUCAUCGCCCGGCAGCGGUCCGGCUCUGUCCCUUCCCCCGCAUCCAUCCAUUCACGUGUGCAGACCCUCUACACUUGGAGAAACGUUGCAGAGAGGACUGAAAAAGUCUACGACAGAGUGGCUGGAGAGGAGGUGCUGCCUUUGGACAGACGGUUACGGAGACUUAGGGCUCACUGCGGCCCCGUAGCCGGCUCCAUCUUUGCAUUCAUGGCUGUUUUAGACUUCCUCUUCCUGCUUCUCCUGCAGUGGUGGUUGCCAGAUCGGUUCAUGGACGUCGCCGUGGACGCCACCGGCCGUCACGGACUGUGGAGGCAUGAAACGAGCAGUAAAAAAGAAACUCAUUCUAAAAGAUCCGCGAAGCCAGCAGCAGAACUCCAUCACUCUAUACCUCACUCCUAGCUGCAACUACUAAAUGCUGAAUGUGCUCAUGGUAACUCCAAACGCUGUUUACAUUUACUAAUCAAAGGGAUCUUGUUUGAAAGCAUUCUAUUUAAGAUUUAUUUUUAUAUUUACAAAUUAAAAUGGAAAUCUGCAGGAGCCCUAGCGACUGUAAUAAGUACUUUUUUGAUUUUAAAAACAUUAUAAAUUGCACUGACCAGAGUGAGUAAAAGGGCUUAUAAAUUGUACUCUUACUGUUUCAUUGUUCUAAACUGCAGUGAAUUAUUUUCAGUGUAGUUUUUAUGUUUAGUGCAAAUGUUUAUUUAUUUUAUUUUGAUACCACUAAUUUUACUCCGGUUUAUCUUUUCUCUCCUUUGCGAUUUACUGAAUAUCAAACCCGGGAGUUUUCUAAGACAAUUGUGUGACUACCAGACUGUCCUCUCCAGAAAAUAAAGUGUACUUUAUUUCA